GCUUCAGUCACCGCCCGAAAUAGUUCCAGAGGUUAGACAGUGAAGAGUGCACGGCGAAGAUAGCGGCUUACUUUGAACCCUGUGAACCAUGAUGUCACUCCUCGCCUCACUGGGGUGUCGAGUGGACACCUGAAUACCACUAAGUGAAGAUGGAAGGCGCCACAUAAGGGAAAUUACUACAGCAGACUCAAAUGAGCUUUCAUCCUUCACAUCAUCAUUUGUAUAACACAGAAAGAUGUUUGAGUCAAGUGCGUGGCUGAAGACCUGCCUGGUGGCAGGCACACUCCUUGUUGGGGUGUACAUCAUCUUUGGGGGCACCUCAGUCUCCCGCAGGAGGAGGAGGAGGAAAGAUGGCAUCCCAGGGUUAGCAAACAUAGGAAAUUCAUGUUUCCUGAAUGCCUUGGUGCAGUCCCUCGCCUCCUGCCCAGUCUUUGUGGCAUGGUUGUCCAGCAAGCACACUGCGAGGGCACCUCCACUCCUCACCACUCUCCACAGCCUCCUCAAAGCUCUGAACAAUGAGGGGGAGACGAGUGGUGAUGCCUGUGCAGGGGAGGUGCUGGGCGCGCUGCGUGGCCACGGCUGGGUCAUCACGUCGGAGGAGCAGGACACACAUGAGCUCUUCCACGUCCUGACUGCCACCAUUGAGGAUGAGAUCAUCAGUGGAGCUCCUGUCCCUUCCCUCCUGGACGUCUCCUGGCUGGAUGUGAAGCGGGAGCUGCCUGGGGUUGGUGUGGCACUCAGAGCAGCAGUGUGGAGACUCAAUAAUGGCAUGCAGGAUGUGGAGAGCAAGAGUAAGUUGCACAUGAAGGAGGAGCUGAAUGGUGUUGUGUGCAGCCACGUGCAUGACCUGGCUCGCUUUGGGCUGUGUGAGGAGCGUGGUGGUGGUGAGGCUACUGAGAGGUGUGGUGCUGAGAGGGGACUGCCAGGAUGUGAUGACAAUGGUUGUGAAUCUCAUGCUGUGUCUUCAAAUCACUUGGGAGAGGGCCACUGUGAUGAUACUAAUAAGGACACUGAAAGACAGGGAACUCUUGGGCAUGCUAUGAACACCAGACUUAAAACAGCAAAGACCAACCAGAAUGUAGAGUUGAUGGAAUCUCACGGACACAGAAACGUCAGUAUUGUGAGUUCUUGUGUCAUUCCACCCGAAUGUGAUGAUAAUAAGAACGUGAAGCAUGAGGCAUACCUCCACAAGAUGCCCAGGGAGCCACAGCCCCAGCCCGGCACAACACAAGCUGCAGGCGCCAGUAGAAGGAAGUCCCGCAGUGACCACGGACAGGAUAUUCCUUUCCGAGGCUACCUGGCCAGUCAGCUGCAGUGUACUGUGUGUGGCCACAAGAACCCUGCCCAGUGGAGUAGCUUUGAGUCCCUCUCCCUGUCCCUGCCAUCCCUGCCAUGGGGGGAGGUGAGCCUUCAGGAGCUGCUGGGUGCCUACAUCACACAGGAGCAGGUGUCUGAGGUGAGCUGUGAGGGCUGCACCCACACUGCUGCCUUGCCUGUCAAGACGACCUUCACCAAGCAGCUCACCAUCGGGAAGCUGCCAGACUGCCUGUGUUUCCACGUGAAGCGAACUGUGUGGCUGGAGAAUGGGUCAGCCAUCAAGAGGAGGGACCACGUUACCUUUCCAGAGUUUCUGGUGAUGGAUCCGUACACCUACACUACGUCCAUUACUGCCCAAACAGGAGAGAAGGGUAAGUUACCAUCUGAAGACAGGAGUUCUAAGCUGCUGGAUAACCAUGACAUUACUGCUGCCCUGAGUCACUCUUCUAUACCCACUCCCAUACAAGCCAAACCCAUGGUGCAUGUGGGCCCGGUUCACUAUGACCAACUGUACAGACUGCAGGCUGUCAUUGUGCAUGUUGGGGAUGUGUUCUGUGGGCACUUUGUCACCUACCGCAGGGGACCAGCCAACUCUCGCAGCAAAUCCAGGUGGUUCUACACCUCAGAUUUGCUGGUGAGAGAAGCAGGUCUGGAGGAGGUAAGGAAAGCCAAUGCCUACAUGAUCCUCUAUGAAAAAGUAGCGUAAAUAGAAGACACUCACCUGUGCACAUGUUGUACAUGUGUAUAUAGUUAACCACCUGUGUACAUAUUGAUGUGUGUGUGUGUGUGUGUGUGUGUGUGUGUGUGUGUGUGUGUAUAAUGAGAGAAACUUCAUUUCCUUCAUUGCAUAAAAGAUGUUUUGGGUUGAGAGUUUUGUGAAUUGUAUUAGUGUCAUUACUAAUGGCAUAAUGUUUCCUCUGACCAACACCUCAGUUAGUUGUAUUGUUUGCCACUGCUGGACUAUUUGGCAACAAUUGAUAGUCACAGGAUCCUCAUAAAUAACCAAUUAUUUUUAUACAUAGGGUAAUUGGCCCUUCUUGUAAGUCACUCUUGAUCUUGAGGCUGCAUUGCAUGACUGCCAUUGUCACUGAGUUUCAUUUGAGAGCACUGUGUUUAGCAUUCUCAAUGUGCAUUUACUAAGACAUGUAUCUUUUGGCAAGCCAGGCUGCUACACAUGAUUACAUCUUGUUCUUACAUUAUCACAUGGAGCUUUUGUGCUUGAAGAGUUAUCUAUGCUGUGUUGUAAAGUGUAGCAUAAUAUUAAUAAGCAGGAGGUAUUGCUAAUUUUUCAGAAAAGAGUAUAUUACAUGAAUGAUACCA